GCGGGGAUCCUCUCUGGACUGGUAUUGUGACUUAGUCCUGGGCGGGGAGGGAAGGGGAGGAAAGUACUGGCGCCCCUUCUCUCCUACGCUGCCUUGAAAUAGAUUUGAGGAGCUGCCCUUCUUUCCCCCCUCCCCCCUUUCCCGCUGGUCGUUUGGCAUCUUCCAGACCAUGUCCACUGGGUCCCUCAGUGAUGUGGAAGAUCUGCAGGAGGUGGAGAUGCUGGAGUGCGAUGGGCUGAAAAUGGAUACUAACAAAGAGUUUGGGGCGUCCACCGAGAGCAACGAGGAGGGAUCCAAUGGCGAGAAUGGCUCCCCUCAGAAGGGGAGAGGGGCCUCGGGCAAGAGGAAAAAGGCUCCCCCCAAGAAGAGCCCUUUAAAUGGAGUGAGCCAGGAGGGAAAGCAGGUACAGAGAAACGCUGCCAACGCCAGGGAGAGGGCGAGGAUGAGGGUCCUUAGCAAAGCCUUCUCCAGGCUUAAGACCACCCUACCCUGGGUGCCCCCAGACACCAAACUUUCCAAACUGGACACCUUGAGGUUGGCCUCCAGCUACAUUGCUCACCUGAGGCAGAUCCUGGCCAAUGACAAGUAUGAGAACGGCUACAUCCACCCAGUCAACUUGACUUGGCCUUUUAUGGUAGCCGGCAAACCCGAGAGUGACCUGAAAGAAGUGGUGAACACAAACCGCUUGUGCGGCCCGACAGCAUCCUGAGCCCCGCGGCCGGGCCAGCAGCGUCCGUCCCGGCGUGGCCGUGGAGCGGGCGGCGGGGCGGGCAGGGACCCGCCGCGGCUCCGCCGCUGCCCCGGGCCCCGGGCAGAGCCACGGGGAGAGCCGCUCUCCCGGCGCAGAGGAGACCAAAUGUGCCCUAGCAAAGACUCCAUCCACCCCGAGAGAUUCUGACUCUAUUUAACUUUAUUAAAUGCGUGUACAGUCGAGUGUCCUGCAACCACAGCCUUGCUGGUUCAAGAGCUACUAGAGAAAAGACAGAGAUCAAACAAAACCUACCACGCGUGUAUCUUUUGUCUGAGACCUGUGAAAUAUGUAGAUGCCUAGAAAAACUGACUUUGACAGUCAUCUCUAUGAAGUAAUUCACCUUAAAGAUAUAUAGAUAUAUUUUCUUCAAGCAGAUUCUGCUCUAUUUCUGUGAAUAAACCUUCCUUUCUACUGAA